AUGACGGCAUGCUUUGUGCUGUCGUCGUCUCCCAGCAAGACCAUUACUCAGCAUUCGACCCAAUUGUUCUCUAGUAGCGGCCUGGUAGAUAUCCAAGCAAUAUCCCGAGAUACUCCAGGUUCCAGUUAUGACCUCUUAUUGGAUUGGUUGCGAGCCAAAGGAGCCACUGUAAACGACAAUCUCUGCUUUCAACCAUCUUCUCGAGGAGGCGGCUAUGGGGCCUUUGUCACCGAUAAUGUGGCCAAGGGAGAAAUUCUGGUGGAAAUUCCCAGAUCCGCAUGUGUCACAUUGGACAAUGUCAAAAAUGAUCCUGACAGUGGAGAAGUAUUUCAGAAACUCAUGACGCAAGCAGGUCCAGGCGGCAACACGGUGGCAUUGGCUGGAAUUCUUGCCAAGAAGCGUCUCGUGGCGCUUGCUAAGGGAUCCGAAGCAAUUGAAUAUGGUCCCUACUUUGACACCUUGCCAUGGGAAAGAGGCAUCAAUAGCCAAGAGCACAUGCUAUUUUGGAGCGACGAAGACGUUGAUACUUUCAUGAAGGGCACCAUGUGCUACUCAGAGGCAAAAUCCCUCAGAGAGGAAGUCGAUCUUGCCAUUAGUGUACUCAACAAAAUCAUUGGAAAAUCCAUUCUGACUGCUCGAGGAGAACUCUCAGAAACAGACUCAGGGUUCAAUUUCCCCUGGGAUCCCAAACCAGAACCACUCAAGCAGAUCAUCGAUGGGUUGCCAGAAGCUGUUCGAGGGGCUUUUGUGUGCCUGCUGACGAGAGCCUUCCAAGAUGGAGAUGAUGAUGAUGAAGACGCUGAAAAGCUAGUGCCUUGGCUAGACAUGCUUCAGCAUAGCGACGAACCCAACAUUCGUCAUGCCAUGCGAAAAGACGAUGGAACUGUAGAGGUUCGGGCCGGACGGGAUCUACAAGCUGGUGAAGAACUCUUUAAUCAGUAUCGAUCGGAAAAAGAUGAAACCAUGCCCUAUCAUCGCUUCUUCACAAGGUAUGGGUUUGUACCUGGGAUUGAAGAGAACAUUGCAGAUUUACUGAAAGACAAGAGUAGCAUCUUUGUCGCACAAAAAGCAGAGGUGUAG